UGCGCAAAGGUGUACUGCUAAGGGGGCGCAAAGGUUAGGAAAGCGAGGUCUGCUGAGCUAAGUGGAGUGAAGCAGCAAACGAGCAAGAUGCUGCCGUUGGAAUGUAAAAUGUGUUGACCUCGCGUGGAUAGAGAAACGGAGUUUAAAGCGUAUUAUGGCAUCCGUGUUAUCCGGAAAAGGAUACAUGGAUGCGGGGAACAAUCAGAAGGGCCUUCCAGCCCCCGGGGCUGUUGGCAGCCCGGCGGUGGACAAGGGAAAAGAAUGGCAAAUGGAGCUGCUGAUGGAGAAGCUUCGUUCAAAGGCUGCUUCUUUUAAAUCCUUUGUCGAAAUUGCUAAGAAUCUGCGGAUGGCCAUGCUGGAUAAACGAUUCGCCCUUGACAGUGUUGAAAAAAAUCAACUGCAAAAAUGCCUCGAUACUUUGCAACAUUCCAUAAAGGUCACGUCUUUGCAGUCCAUGGUAGAACGACUAGAAAGUCUGACAAGGCAGUUAGGACUUAAAUUCAUGUUGGGGACUUCUGGUACACAACUGUUUAUAUCAUCGGAUAUGUUUUAUCUAGAAGUUCUUUUGGAAUCAACUGGUGCUGUCAAAGAUGUCAAAAUUCAUCAUGAAGGGAAAAACGAGCAGCAGAGUUGCAAAGAGUUGGUCGCCUGUUUGUCCCGAGGAGAUUUUGUUGACUUUACGGCUCAACUGGAAGGAUUGGCCUCUAUCUAUCAGCUGAAUGCUGAAAAAAAGGUCAAAUGCAAAGCUUUCAGUGCUUUGCAGUCCCUCGAAGCAGACUUGGCUACCAUAGCCCACCUGCAAAACUUUAUGAGGGAAUAUUUCAAUCUUAUACACAAAAGCCCAGUUGGAGUUUUGGAGAAGAGAAAAGGAGGCCACGCGAUGAAACUAACUUAUUUUGUUUCACCAUACGACCUAAUUGACCAGGGAAAUCGGAGCUAUGAUAUGCUCAGCUAUGAAGCUGUUAUCUCCCGAAACAUUGGCCAUUCUGUCACAGUGUGUAUGGAAGGUUCAACAGCUCAUAAGCUACCGACCUCCUGUAUCAUUACUGUUAAUCGAGCACCGUCUGGAAAAAGCACCCCGUCAUACACUGCAUUAACUGGAGCAAACUCUUCAAUGUUACCUGCUUGUUUCACUUUGAAAUUGGCGAAAAAGAUGCCAAUGUGCCUGGAAUUAGUUCACAGAAUACAAAAAGUCACGGAACUAGAAUGUGGAGAUAUUUCAUCCCCGCAUCCACUAUUAAGUCUGGUAGUACAACACGCAAGCGACGGUCGACUGGAUUGUCAUAAUAACAAAGGCCUUUUUGUGACAUUGCCGGAUCAGCAGCAUUGCUACUUCAUGACAGAAAACCGGAAUAUGGAAGGGGUGCUGGUCAGCAGCAUCCCGUUUACGCAUCCUGCCCACGUUCCCCAGAUCCUGGUGUACCUCAGGCAGCAGGCACUUUUCAAUUCGUUACUUGCAAGCUGCGUUAGACCCAUGGCACGGCAAGACCCUGAACACACGGUGAUGUUUGAGGUCAGUGCUUUGUCUUGGCAACAUCUUUCGGUCAGCCUUGAGCACCCCUUUGAAGAAACAAUGGCGACAGCAGAACUCGAUCUGUCGGACAUAUCAAGCUUAAAAUGUAAAUUAUACGGAGUUAGCAUGAGCAACAGUGAGUCUUCGUCAGAACUGGCUGGUAAAGUGUUGCAGAAAUGCCUUAGCAUCCCCGUAACAAUGAGAACGUUGAUAAAGACUUGGGAGGGUAGGAAUCCUGCUAAUUCUAACGCAAUGAAUAGCAAUGGCGGUAAUUAUAAUGUUAAUCUCGGUCCUGGCAGAGACCAGAAUGGACACAAUGGUACGGGUAUGCCAGAUUUCAACAGUGGAGAUGUAAAGAUCAAACAAGAACCGGGAUUGAACGGUAGCGGAGGUAUCGGUAGGCAACAAUCGUCGCAGCAGUCUUUUUUAGAAGCCGGAACGGAGAAUAGUAUCGGUUUUCCGUCUUUUUCCGGCCAUUCCGAUACAACCACUGCUAUGUUGAAUCCUCUGCAACUUGGGGCGCUUCUUGGUCAAGCUAAAAACUCUGCAGGUUUGAUUAAUCCGUUAGUAGAGCGACCUUCUAAGAAAGCGAGAAAAAGAAAAACAGCUGACGGGCUAUGGAGAAGUCCGAAGAGGAAAGGUGAGGAGAUGAGUGAAAUCCUCUUGGAAAGUUCUAGUUCUGAUUCGACACCUUUAGGCACACCUACUAGUAGAGAUAAUCCAAACGAGCUUAGAACUCCGACACCAACUUCGGCUGCUAGUCUUGCAAGUGGUCUUGAUUUGUGUAAUCUAGACCAUGCUGAUAUUUUAGGAACUGAUAAAAGCUCAGAUUACGACAUGGAGAAUGAAAGUGAAAUCGUUGAAGUUCACGACUUGCAAGAUGUUGAGGAACUAUUGAAGCGAGAGAGAAAGUCUAAGAAACGCGAAGAUAAGAAGAGCCCUAAUAUAUUUGAGGACAAUAAAAAUUUGGUUCCACCGUCAGUUAGUAUAACGCCUAUUUCCAGCAGCGGAAUUGCACAAUCAUCAAAUUAUAAUUCUGUAUUGACAGGAAUGGGGCUAGAAAGGCGACCCGGCAUUGAGAUUAUACCUAUAGCUUCGUCUCCGCAAACUAGCCUUCCUAGCUCGAUCACCAUCACACCAAUUGCCGGUCCGGCUUCAAAAAACUUGACAGAUGAGCGUAGGGACAGGAAGAGUUCAAAAAAUAAGACAGAGGAUAAAAAUAAACUAGAGAAGAAGAGAAAACGGAAGAGAGAAGACAGUCCUAUGGGACCUCCGGACAAGCUACCGUUGAAGCCAGAUCCUCUGUCAAAACCUGUUUCGGUGAGUAUUAAACCUACCGAAUCUCCUCCAAAUCUGACAACAAGACCUUCGUCACCUGCAGCUACGCUCAGAAAAUUUAGUCCGUCUCCUACGCAUACUAGUCCGUUAGCUCUUGUUGGAAAGUCGAGCCCUACCCUAAAGCAACCUGUUAACAAACCAAUACAAAGUCCCAAACAUUCACCUGUUUACAAUAGCCCUAAACAUACGACGAUACCGGCGAGUGUCAGCCCAAAACAUGGUACUUCAUCGCCAAAACACGGGAGCUCAGCCAGUGCCGGAAAACCCAGCAUGUCAGCUUUAAAAUCUGCAGCUAAUUCACCAUCAAGCAAGAAUAGCGACGGUAUGCCAAAAGCAAAAUCUUCUAAUAAAGAUUCGAAUAGAGAUAAAGAGAGGAAAACAUCCUCUCUGACUUUCAGCGGGUCCGGACACCAGAGUCCAAAACUGAAAUCAUCUAGUGCAAAGUUAAAACAAUUGGAUUUAAAUCCAAACGCUGAGACUCCUCCGUCUUUGCCAAGCAGUGGAGGCAGCACGCCUCCGUCAGGUGGUUCGGAUAUUGGAAAAUCAGCUACUGCUCAACAACAAGCAAGGAAUAGAAAAGGCUCACUUAGUGCCGUUAUUGACAAACUUAAGAAUGCCCAACAUUGUACAGAAGAUGGUAACGGCGGGUCAAAGGGUAGUCAAAAGGACCGAGUUAGUUCUAAUAAAGUUGGUGAGGGUAAAAGCGGUAGCAAGACACCUGUGGAUACUAAAAAUCCAGCUGAAUACAUGGUAAAACAUAGUUCUGAAAUGAAAAUCACGAUCAAUAAAAAAGGAACAAAAGACUCUAAGUCUAGUCCUAAUCUCAAAUCUUCAUCAGGAUCUUCAUCCGGCUCCGGCAACGGGUCACCAAAGACUCACACUGGUCUUAAACCAGGAGUGAAUUCGGGCCCUGCGUCUAAGAAACCACAGCAACAAGUCCCCCUGAAAUUGCCGGGCAGUUCAGGAUCUGGGAACAGCGGCAAUAAAGCAAAUCUUGCCAGUCAAAAAGUGCCUUCUGUUCAAAAAUCCGCUUCUGGAUCUAACUCAGGAUCGGGUGGUUUACUAGCAAAGGGUGUUUCAGCAAAGUCGUCUGGUUCCCCCAAAAUGAAUAGCUCAGGUGCAACGGAUCUGAGUCGCAACAGGGACAAACCAAGGCCACCAAAAUCUGGGGAGAAGAAUAUAUUUGGUUCUAAAGGUUCAGACAUUAGAAAAACUUCAAGCCCAUCUGCGUUGCGGGAAGAGAGCGAGAGUGAAAGAGCCUUUAAACUAUUGGCAGCACAUGCAUCGAUGUCAAAUCUACCUAAUCUACCGCCUCAGCUUGUUGUCGAGGGACUGAUGAAACAACUGGAUACUAAAUUUCAAAUACCAAAAUUGUCCGCGCGUGCUAACACAGACGUGGAUAAGAAACCAGCAGACAAACUCACGUCAUCAGAUACUAGUAAUAAUAGAACUGACGUAAGCAAACUGUUAGAUAGUAAACCAGAUUCUACGAAAACCCAAGCUGUUUCUCUGUCAAAUGCAAAGCCGACGGAUGACAGAAGAGAGGUUCAAUCAAAGCCAGACAACUUGUGCACAGCUUUAAUGCCUGUUAAUAUUGGAAACAGCAGUCCAAGCUUGAUUAUGCCGCCGCCCACCGUCAGUCCUCAUGAUUCUGACGUACCGACUAACUUGUCUAUGCAGCCAGCAGACACGGAAUCCAGAGAGAUUAAAGAUAUCGCUAACAGACCGUCGCAGUUUCUUAACUGCGCUCCAUUGAAUCCUGCCAGCAAAGAUGACGCUGUAUCAAAAACUGAUCCCAUAUCGACACAAAAAUCUUAUCCUCUAACAAACAGCGGUACUGAGAGUCUCAAUUUGAGCACAAAACCGGCUGAUGCCGCGUUGAAUAAGUACAAAGAGGAGAAAAAGCCGGGGAGCAUUUCAGUUGAUACCACCAUAAAACCGCCACCGUCCUCUCAAGAGGCUGCUGAAAUGCUGCUGGACUUUUCUACACCUAAAGAAGUACCGAAAUUGACUACUGUCCCUGAAAGAGCUAUGGCGCAAGCUGCACCUGUACGAAGGAACACGCCGCCACCUCCACCUCCCACCUUUCCGCCAAGUCCAUCAGUCAGUGUUCAUAUUGUAAAAAGUCCCGCUCCUUCUCCGAGAGUUAUACCGCCUUCUCCUCACUCCGCCUCUCCCUGUAUAACCGACGACGAAUUAAUGGACGAAGCACUUGUCGGUAUAGGCAAAUGAAGGUUACUUAAAAUUUAGCUACUUAAUUAUUACUCAUGGUUAUUCUGGUCCAGAUUAAAAAAGAUAUAACCAAUAUAGGGCAGGUCCUCUUUCACAGUUAGAAUUCUCGAGUACUGAUCGUUUAAUUGUUAAUCUAUUUCUUGAAAUAAAUUUACAGAUUUUAUUUUAUUUUUUUACCAAAAAAUGAUUCUUUUCAAUUUUUAAAUAAUCUGUGACCAAAGUGCACUUCCAUAGGUAUUGACGUAAAAGCUCCCUUUACAUUGAAGUUUUCUAAUUCGGACAAGGAAUUUUCUCAUUAUUCUCAUAGAAAAUAAUUUUUGAAAUCUUUCUGUGCGGCAAAUAAGUCAUGAAGUACUAAUAUUGAAAGCAACUACGAUUGUCUUAAACCCAUCGAUAAAAUUUUAUCAUCAAAUGGUGAAAGUCUCUGCUUGCCAUGUAAAUUUACCAUCCAUACUAACAGAUUUUCAAAUAGUAUUUGGAUCAGCUAUUACCAGAUACUACUGGACAGAAAAAUGGAAGCCAAUCAUUUAUUUUAGCUGAAAAAUUUUAACAAAGCUUUUCAUUUGUAGCUAAGAUAUAUAUGUAUGUAUGUAUGUAUAUUAUACACACAUACACACACACACACACACACACACACAAACACACAUAUAAAUCAAGAAUCGAUAUUCGAUAUUAGCUUUAAGUAAUCAAGUGCUGCCAUAAUGGUAAUUAUGAAUUAACGAAGUGAAAUAAAAUGAAAUAAUAAUUGUUAUUUCAAGCGAAACACUAUGUGAGAAAAAGAUGAUGAAUAAUUCUAAGUAAUUGUAAUGUGAGAGUAAUUUAAUGACUGGUACAAACGUAAUAUUUGCACAGGUACAUAUUGACAUGAGAAGUAAAGUGGUCAGGUGUAUGUAAUGUAAACCAGAUUUUUAUUGGUUGAACCACAAUCUACUCAUCAUUAUAUAAUACGAAGAUAUAAUAAUGUUGAAUUGUAUAGUAUCAUUGAAGAAAAAAAGACAAUUUUCCGUUAUAGCAAUAAAAACCACGAGAUGAAGGAUAUUUUAUUAAAUAAGAAGAUAAGAAAAUAAGAAGAUAGAAUUAUAACUUAUGUUUACAAUAUGAUUAUUUAUUUUUUAUUAAAUGCACCAUUCAUGUCAUAACAAUAAUAAAAAUAACAAUUAGUCAUGCAUAACGCAUGAUUUGUAAAUACGGAGACAUUGAAAUUCAUUACUAUCUGUAGUAUCAUAUGUAUGUUGAUUAAUUUAUUGGAACUACUUUAUCUAGUUAGCUUAUCUUGCUUUAUCUGCAGACUUGUUAUUUUCAUUUUUUAUUUACUUCAAUUUAGGAUUCAUUUAAAAUAUGCCUUUAACGUUAAUCAAGUGAACAAUAAUUCUCAUCUCUUGGUUUUUGUCCUUUGAUGGCUGAGAAUGCAAAACGAAAUACAAACAAACUAACGAAAUGAAAAAUUACAACUUACACAGUAUAUAAAUCGUAAAUUAAAUUGUAUAGAGAAGAGGUUCUAUUGUAUCAAUAAUGAGUAUAAGAAAUGUAUGUAUAAGACUUGAUAAUAAAUGUUGUUGUUAAGCCUUAUUUCUGGUAAAAAAAAAAAGAUAAGAAAAAAGAAACACUCGUUGCAUUGAGAUAAUUUUGAAUGAAAAAUGUAAUCAAGUGGAGUAUAACUAAAUUGGAUGAGAAUAAGUAGGUAUAUAAUACAUAUGACGAUUACAGUGUUACAUUUUGAUAGAUUUAUUUGUAAAAUACAAUAGCUUUUGUACCUUACAAUUUGUUAUGUUAAUUUUUUUGUAGAAAUCUAUACUUACAAACCUAUACAUAUAAUUACUAACUACAUCGGCUUUAAAAAAAAAUACUACGGAAAAAUGAAACAGCGAGAGAGUGAAGGAGAGAGAGAGAGAGAUAUGCCAAUUAUGAUUAUUGCAAAUAUAUGUCCAGUAACAUAGCCAUUCAUAUACACUAUAAAUUUGUUCUAUCAGAUGUGCUACUCCCGUUCUGUAUAUCUAUACAUUGCUUCAUGCAGCUUGGGUAUAACAGUCUUUACAAUUUCGUGAAGCGUACAACUAAAACCAAUUGAUAUAUA